AUGACGGACAACGCAAUCACCAUUGGUUACUAUUAUUUGCCAUCUGAAGCCUCAGAGCAUCCUUGGGAAGAGCAUUAUAUCAAUUCGGAGAGCACAAUCCAGCAGAGGAGAUCAUAUCUCACCUACACGUUUUUCGACGCAAAACGAUUUCGACACGCCAGCGAAACGUGCUGGAAGAAGCUCGACGCCGCCGAGAUUCGCACGAUUGUGAGCCCGACGAAACACAACUCCCGUUUCACCACUCGUUCGGAACCAUCGGAUGUCGUCAUUAACAGCACGACCAUCUUCGCGUGGUAUCGACUCGUCGAAUUCAAUGGAAAAUACUUCACGGCAACUCCGAUGCACUUUGAAGUCGCCGCGACUGAUCGUGCCGAUCUUCGUCUGGCAGUGCUCGACGCGUCGUCGAGGAAAAUCGACGUGAUUGGUCAGAUUCAUCUGUCAUCCCUUCAUCCGGGCGACAUCAUUCGCGUCACCGAAAUGCGAUUGUUGAAGGAACUCACCACCGGCAUGGACAUCAACGAGCCGCUGAAGAAAGGCUUCGAGCCGAUCUGGAAGAUCUCGCGGUUCUCGUUGUUCAAGCGGGUGAUCGGAAAGAAUGCGUUGAUAACUCCAUUGAAGUCGGUAACGACGUCAAGCAAUGCGAAGUGCAUUGUAGUGAACCAAGUGAAUUGUGCUUGGAUUCCGAAUAAAAUGACUUCAAUGCCAUUAGAGAAGGACCAUUUCUACGACGCCGAGGUGUUCCUCAUCAAAACGAAUCAAAAUCGGCUCACGAAAAAUUUUGCGUCAAUCGAACACGAAAUCAAAGUGCUCAAGAUAUUGAAGAGAAUCGCAACAUUUCCGACGAACGAUUCAACGGUUUUGCGAGUUUUCCAAAAAAACACAACCUACAAAAAUGCGUUGGAGGUGAGCGGCGCGAAAUCGCGAAGAGAGAAGUACGAGCGAAUCGGAAAGAAUCUUCGUUUGACGGUGAACGCGAUUUCUGCUGUCGAACGAAUCAACAAGGACACCGCGACGUAUCACGCGAACAUCGAAGUUGGCCACGAGCACCUCAAAUUCGGCAUUCGAAACGCGAACAACGAUCAGCCGAUUGGCAGUUGGGCGACCGAGAAGCGAAUUCAAAUCACAACGUCGUCGGGCCGGACGUUGUCCGGACGAACGCUGACCGCCAUUGAUGGCAAAUCGGAGAUUCAUGUCACCGCGAGAUUGUCGAAAAAUCUGCUGAGCGAGAAUCGCACAGAGAUCACCAUGAAGCCGGUGAAGGUGGUGCAGGAGAAUUCCGACACCAAAGUCUCGCAUUUCCUCCAAAAUUAUUGGAAUCGUCUCGAUGAGCUGAUUCCCGAAGCAUCGAACAGUGAUAAGAUUUUGAACGCGAUUUACGAUGGUCCCGGCAUUCCGUACCAUCCGAAUCGAACUCGAUCGUGUCGAUUGUUGACGAAACAUGGAAAACCAUUCCGAUUGCUCAAUGAACAGGAAAACUAUGUGAAUGCGCUUUUCGACAAUCAACCGCUUGUGCUGGGAGUCGCGAGCUUCGGAUGCGGAAAGACCACCAUUAUAGCGGCGGCGGUUCACUGUCUCAUCGCAAACGACGCCACGAGCAUCAUGAGCACCGACAACAAUUGCAAUCCAUCGAUCAACUUGAUAUUGACGAAGACAAACUCAGCAGUCGUCAACUUCAUCAAUUCACUAGACAGUUUGGGAUCGGAUCAUAUCAAUGACACAAUUCGAAUAAUAUCCGAUUUUAAUGAGAAGAUAAUAUCGGAAUCGCUCAUAACCAAAUACGACUUUCCGAAAUUGAUCGCGGCGAGAUUCAAACAAUUUCUGACGAGCUUUAAUGGGUACCGAAUGACGGAUGCGAAUGCAACGACGAUCGCGAAGAAAAUGCUCAACUAUCUGUUGGCCAACAAUCUCAUUUCGUCAUCAGAAGUCUUGAACAAUCACCUAUUCGAUGAAGUGAUUGGCGAACUCGAGCAAGGAAUCGUAGUGUCGUAUGAGACGGCGGCGAUGUUGUAUGUGCGCCAAUGGAUGCCUCGCGUCUGGUGCGGCACUAUUUCGUCGGUCAUCACUCUGUUCGACCUCUUCGACGAUUUGAGAAAACGUGUGGCGACAAUUCAAAUUGAUGAAGCCUCGCAACUCGAUAAGACGACGUUCGUCGUGUUGUUGGCGAUGUUCCCGCACGCCAGAUUCGCGCUGGUCGGCGAUCCUUACCAACUCGCUCCUUUCGCGCACGACCUUCUGCCCGCAUUCAUCUAUGACAUCGGAAUCGGCAAGUUCCUCGAGGAAGCGGUCCAGAGUCGCAAGUUUCCGAUGUUCCCGUUGUUCAACGUGUUCCGCAAUCAUCCGCACACCACCAAUUUGCUUUCGGAGACAUUCUACAGCGGCCAAUUGCAAUCAAUGGUCGACGCGAAUGAUCGUUCGGAAAUCCUCGAUGGAUUCAAACGAUGGCCGAACAAGGCUUGCUCGAUGUUGUUCGUCAAUCAUCACGACACGCAUCGCGACAUCGCCUCAAGCAUCGAGAAUGUUUCCGAACGCCAACUGGCAAUCCGAAUCGCUACUCAUCUCACCAACAUCCAAGGAGUGAUGCCCCAUCAAAUUGGUCUCAUAACGCUGUACAAGGCCCAACGAAACUACCUCGUCGACGAGGUCCAACAAUUCGGGAACUUCUUCGUCGGAACCGCCGAUUCGUCGCAAGGAAAAGAAUUUCGAGCGACGAUUGUGAUGACGACGAAAACGAAUCACAUCGGCCACAAUCCAUUCAUUUGCGAUGAUCGACGAGUCAACGUGGCGUUGUCGAGAUCGAGGGAAAUCACCGUCAUCAUUGGCAAUUUUGAGGGCCUUCGACGCUAUCAGCCAUGGUCUCAAAUUUUAUCGAAUAUUCGUAGUCAUGGAAAUGUAGUCGGCGCCGAAUUUUUCGGAAAAAAUAUUGAUUUGUUUUCCGUUCUUCCAAAGCCAAACAAUGAAAACAAGAAUUAA